AUGUCUCUUCCUCCGGUGCAAGGAAGCAGCUUCCCGAGAACCAUAUCGACUCUAUCCGCGACGAGAAGUACCAUCGAAGCGGAGAUAAUUUACGACGACUUGUUGGCGUUGGAAAGAGCGCACGCGAAACGUUUACACAUCGUCAGAACGUUACACUCGAGACGACCGAUUAUAGGAAAGACGAAGAACAGAAGAGGAAACAACGGAAGCAUCGGAGGAGAAGGCGGAGCAGGGAGCGACAAUAACAUCGCAAAUCAAGCGGAAUCAGAUUUAGAAGAUAACGACGUCGCCGAAGGUGGCAAUGCUAUGGAAGAAGACGAACAAGGCGUGAGCGAAGAAGAGGAAGAAGAAGAAGAAUAG